AUGGUUGUCUGCGCCACGGCAGAACUCGGCCAAACACUGGCGAGCGAGUCGGCGUACUGCACAGCCAAGCAAAAGAAUGAGUCUGGCCAGGUUGACGGGCAACGCGCUGGUGUAGCUGGGCUGGGUCUACCUACUCUACUCGCCCCACACCCGCCGGCGGCCGCCAAUCUGUGGUUCAUGACCAACAUGAACUUGCCUCUAGCGCCUUCCACGGGUCUUCCUACAGCGGUGCUGUUGCUUGCGCAAGUUGUGCUGCAUUGUGCUGGCUGUCUUAUGGCAUCAACCGGAGGCGACAUUGACGCCACAUCUGCUCUUUCCACCGCAGCGCGCCUCCAGAACCAUUUGCCCGACGCUUCCCCUUCUGAUCCAACUGCCCGGGCCAACACCAAACGACAGCACGAACACGAUUUGCUCUCUCCCACCUCGCCAUCUAACCGAGCCGAUCCUUUCGAAUCCCCUGCCAAAACCGCUCGCAUCGCCUUCGCCCACGUUCAUUCCCCCUUACUACAAUUGACUGGCGCAGUAGCCCUUGAAGAUCUGCACCGCAAAAGACUUCAAGAACGAGAAGCUGUCAGAACCCAACUACCAAUCACGGAGAACCCGAGCCACAAAGCCUUAACUUCACUCAUGUCAGGCGGAAUCGAACCAAUGAGCCGCACAACAGACGCACCUCAAUUUGCGCCUACCGCUGAUAUGGAGCCAGCGGCCAAGGCGGCCAGCGCCCUCGCUGCUGCUGCCAAUAGUGCUACCCGCCUAGAAGGGAGCGUCGCCGAUGUCGCCUCCGACCAAACAUCAAACGCUACUGCUCCACAGCUUGUCGCCAGCCCAGGCCCCAUGGACGUUGAUGACGGCGAGCAUCUCUCACCCGAGCAUGUUGAUGGCCAGGAAGGGCGGCACCAGCCCGGCUCCAUGCCAUAUCCCGGCUCAUCCUUCGCCACUUCUCAUCUUGGUAAUAACCACAGGGGAAUGACGUAUCCUAUCCCAUCGCCCGUUCAAGGCUCGCCAACAUCCUCGGGUACCAAAAAGCAUAGGUGUCCUUAUUGCAAUACCGAAUUCACGAGACAUCACAACCUCAAGAGCCACUUGCUUACACAUAGCCAAGAAAAACCGUAUGUUUGCACCGAAUGCCAAAUGCGCUUUCGUCGUUUGCAUGAUCUCAAGCGCCACGGCAAACUUCACACUGGAGAGAAGCCUCACAUUUGCCUUAAAUGUGAUCGCAAGUUUGCUAGAGGAGACGCCCUGGCGAGACAUGCAAAAGGUGCUGGCGGCUGUGCCGGUCGCAGAUUCAGCUUAGGUAGCUUCGCUGAGGGGGAUGAGAUCGAUGGCAGUAUUGCCGAAGCUGACGAUUCUGCCAUGUCCGGUAUGACUUACGACCAGGGCGACGAGGAAGAGCUGCGUCGACAAAGUCUUCCGACUGGUGGCCAUCAGCCUGAUCAAUACUCGACACAGUCACGCACAUACCCUCCAUCGGGACCUCGGCUUGCUGCCAACAUAGCUAGUGGACUUUACCCGCCCAAUGCGAGCCAGACACAGUCGAGCAACAGUACGGCUUCGUCGGUUCCUAAUAGCACGGGUACAGCCCGCACUGGACAUACAAGCGUGUCGUCCGCCGCUACAGGCUGUGGAAACACUGGUUUGUACUCUCAAAAUGCCAUGACAGAGAGUCCCAAGGCUUUGAGUCCAGCAAUUCCAGCUCAUGAAUUAGCUGCCACCGGUCGGCCUCGAUCUCCUCAACAGAAUCAGCAAGCACAGUCUACGCGGCGUCAGUCACCACCUCUCGGGCAGAGACCCAAGCUGCCAGCUCUGUCUCAUCCUAGUUUCCCAGGGCCGCCAACACCGGCUGGAAACAAUUAUGCGAGAUCCCCAGCCGAAUCAAACAUGUUUGCCCAGAGUGAUCCAGGUGUCUGGGCGUAUAUCCAAGCCAUGGAUGAAAAGCUUAAGGGCUUGGUCGAAGAGGUUGAUACGCUCAAGAAACGCGUUGGUGUACUCGAGACUGGUACCAGCAACUCAGCUGGGCUCCCCUGA